AAAAAAAAACAAAAGAGUAGAAGAGAAAGGAGAAGGAAGGAAGCAGCAGCAGCAGCAGCGGUGGUGGUGGUAGCGGUAGUACUAAUGCUAGUACUAGUACUACAGACUGGACAUGACCUUUAGCUGCUGUCUUACAACUUCACUGCUACACACAACCACAGGAAGAAGAAAACGCAGCGAAGCAACGAGCAGCAGCUUCUCCACAGAGCAGAGUCCAGCUCAGGAAGUGAACAGCUGAGGGACUUCACUUUGUGUUCCGCCGGGCAAGCAGAAGGAGUUUGCUGAGUGAAGAAGCAUUUCCAGACUGGGACAUGUCAUACCUCAUAGCGUUACCGCCUCCGUCCUGACAAACAGGAUCUUGACCAUCUACCUCAACAAAUGUGUCAUCCACCCUCUCUCUUCUACCUCUCAGCAUAUCCACUGCUGCUUCUCUACCUCAGCAUGUACUGUACAUGCACAUAGCUGUUAUCAACCAGCGUCAGAAAGUCCAACUGACCCUUAUCACCAGUGUUCUCAGGUGUCAGUCAUCCAGCGAUAGCGAAACAGUUGACUGGGUUUCUUACUGCUUCGCAGCACAUAAUCACUAUCUGACCCUGUGCCGGGAGGUGCCGCCUGGAGCAGCCAUGUUAGAUGUGGGUUUGUGAUGUCUGAGCCCUGCGACAGACCAGCACCAGGAGCUUGGGAAGGACGUGGGCGGGGUGACAGAGACGUGGUUUUCGUGGUUGGCGGUGAAGAUGAUGAGCAGUACAUUGGUCAAAUGGAGACAGGCAUGAGGAACGAGAUGUUUCAAGAGGAAGAAAUGGAGGAUGAUGAAGAUGAGUCGCCAUCGGAGCGACAGAUUGUGGUCGGCAUUUGUGCCAUGAUGAAGAAGUCCAAAUCUAAACCCAUGACUCAGAUCCUAGAGCGCCUUUGUAAGUUUGACUACAUUGAUGUGGUCAUCUUUCCUGAGGAGGUGAUCCUGGAGGAACCUGUGGAGAAAUGGCCCCUCUGCGACUGCCUAAUCUCCUUCCACUCCAAAGGAUUUCCACUUGACAAAGCUGUGGAGUACGCCAAGCUCAGGAAUCCACUGCUCAUCAAUGACCUCAAUAUGCAGUAUUUCAUACAGGACAGGAGAGAAGUUUACCGGAUCCUAAAAGAAGAGGGCAUUGACUUACCUCGCUACGCUGUGUUAAACCGAGAUCCCGACAAUCCUGAGGAGUGUAACCUUGUGGAGGGGGAGGACCAUGUAGAAGUGAAUGGGGAGGUGUUCCCGAAACCCUUUGUGGAGAAACCUGUGUGUGCUGAAGACCACAACGUCUACAUCUAUUACCCAACAUCUGCUGGAGGUGGCAGCCAGAGACUCUUCAGAAAGAUUGGGAGUCGGAGUAGUGUAUACUCACCAGAGAGCAGCGUACGAAAGACUGGAUCCUACAUCUAUGAGGAGUUCAUGCCCACAGAUGGCACAGAUGUGAAGGUUUACACAGUGGGUCCAGACUACGCCCAUGCCGAGGCACGAAAGUCUCCUGCUCUGGACGGAAAGGUAGAGAGGGACAGUGAAGGGAAGGAGAUCCGCUACCCCGUCAUGCUUACUGCCAUGGAGAAACUGGUGGCUCGCAAGGUCUGCCUGGCUUUCAAGCAAACAGUUUGUGGAUUUGAUCUGCUCAGAGCCAAUGGCCACUCCUUCGUCUGUGAUGUUAACGGUUUCAGCUUCGUCAAAAAUUCCAUGAAGUACUACGACGAUUGUGCCAAAGUCCUUGGGAACAUGGUAAUGAGGGAGUUGGCCCCCCAGUUCCACAUCCCCUGGUCUAUUCCCAUGGAGGCUGAAGACAUCCCCAUCGUCCCAACCACCUCAGGAACCAUGAUGGAGCUGCGCUGUGUUAUUGCAAUCAUCCGUCAUGGAGAUCGCACACCAAAGCAGAAGAUGAAAAUGGAGGUCCGACAUCCUCUGUUCUUCGAGUUGUUUGAGAAGCAUGGAGGCUACAAGUCAGGAAAGCUAAAGCUAAAAAAGCCAAAACAGCUACAAGAAGUGCUGGACAUCGCCCGCCUACUGCUGGUUGAACUGGGCCAGCACAACGACUGUGAGAUCGAGGAGAAGAAAUCUAAACUAGAACAGCUCAAGACCGUCCUGGAGAUGUACGGUCAUUUCUCAGGUAUCAACAGGAAAGUCCAGCUCACCUACCUGCGCAACGGCCAACCUAAAGCCUCCAGCGAAGAAGAAGACUCUAAGAGGGACGGUCCUUCUCUGCUGCUGGUGUUGAAGUGGGGCGGGGAGCUGACGCCUGCAGGCCGGGUUCAGGCUGAGGAGCUGGGCAGGGCCUUUCGCUGCAUGUACCCUGGAGGUCAAGGUGACUAUGCUGGGUUUCCUGGGUGUGGCCUCCUGCGCCUGCACAGCACUUACCGCCACGAUUUGAAGAUCUACGCCUCUGAUGAAGGCAGAGUGCAAAUGACAGCUGCUGCUUUUGCCAAGGGUCUGCUGGCUCUGGAAGGAGAGUUGACCCCGAUCCUGGUCCAGAUGGUGAAGAGUGCCAACAUGAAUGGACUGCUGGACAGCGACAGCGACUCUCUGACUGACUGCCAGCAGAAGGUGAAGGCAAGGCUACAUGAAAUCAUGCAGAGGGAUCAGGACUUUGCAGCUGAAGCUUAUGAGAAGUUGGCCUCAACAGGUAGUCCCUCCCUGGUGAACUCCAUGAAGAUCAUUCAGAAUCCAGUCAACACUUGUGACAAGGUGUACACCCUCAUCCAGAGUCUCACCACACAGAUCCGAAAGAGACUGGAGGACCCCAAGUCUGCAGACCUGCAGCUUUACCACAGCGAGACAUUGGAGCUGAUGCUUCAGCGCUGGUCCAAAUUAGAGAGAGAUUUCCGCAUGAAGAACGGGCGCUACGACAUCAGCAAGAUCCCAGACAUCUAUGAUUGCAUCAAAUACGACUCACAGCACAAUGCCUCCCUAGGACUGGAGGACACGUUGGAGCUGUUCAGACUGUCCCGUGCCCUGGCUGACAUAGUUAUACCACAGGAGUACGGUAUCAGCAAAGCUGAGAAACUGGACAUUGCUCAGGCCUACUGUGUUCCUCUGAUGAAGAAAAUCCAGCUCGAUCUGCAGAGGACCCAUGAGGAUGAGGCUGUUAACAAGCUGCACCCCCUGUAUUCUCGGGGUGUGAUGUCUCCUGGUCGUCACGUCCGCACACGUCUCUACUUCACAAGCGAGAGCCACGUCCACUCCCUGCUCAGCGUCUUCCGCUACGGAGGCCUGCUGGAUGAGGAGAAGGACCAGCAGUGGAAACAGGCGAUGGACUACCUGAGUGCUGUGUCUGAGCUUAACUACAUGACACAGAUAGUCAUCAUGCUGUAUGAAGACAACAAUAAGGACCCCUCCUCAGAGGAGCGUUUCCAUGUCGAGCUUCACUUCAGCCCAGGAGUCAAAGGAUGUGAUGAUGAGGAGAAUGUACCUCUCGGCUACGGCUUCCGCCCGGCCUCCUCUGAGAAUCAAGACAAAAAGCCGAAUCAAGGCAGUCUAGAGGACCUCUCCCAGGACCAGCCAGACCAGGCAAUUCCUAUUUCUGAGCCGAUCAACAUCCAGCGACGGUCUCCCAUGAUCCGCAACCGCAAGACGGGCUCCAUGGAGGUCCUCUCAGAGACCUCUCCCACCCACUCCUCCAAGGGCAGCAUCUCCCACCGACUCUUCCCCUCCUGUUCACGCCAGUCUCCUGAGAUCAAACCAACCAUUGGCUUAGGCUCCCUCUGCUCUGGCCUCUUCAGUGCCUCUGCCCUCGGGGUGUCCUGUAGCGCCCCCAACCUGCGGGACUACGUCCGCACGCACCACCACCACCACCGAAAGCCACCUCUGUCCCCCGGCAGCCUGCCAUGCCAGAUUGGCAUGUUUGAGCUGUUCUCUAUGCCGGCAGUAAAGAGAUUUUCUGUGUCGUUUGCCAGGCAUCCGACUAAUGGUUUCGAAGGCUGCUCCAUGGUGCCCUCUAUCUACCCGCUGGAGACACUGCACAACUCGCUGUCGUUGAAGCAGGUGGACGAGUUUCUCAACACGGUGUGUGAGAGCAGCAGCGAGGCCCAUGCCAAAACCAUGAGAGCGCUCUCCAGCCUGUUUGACUCUCAGAGCCAGACGUCUCUCUACAGCCCACAGCAGCCUCUGUCCUCCUCUGGAUCCGAGACCUCUCUGCGGCCGCCAAGUCAGCCUCUGUGGCACGGCAGCAUCCCCUCCAGUGCUGUGUCCAGCGCAGGCCCUUCUUCCCCGAUCACAGAGAGCUCUGGGCUGAACUUCAGUUUCAGUGAGUAGACUGACGCAAGGACUUCUGGGUAUCUGAGAGGGGACGACAUGAGGCCCUUGGUUUGAUCGUCUCUGUGCUUUUCUACAUCUGUCCCUCUGCUCACGAUCCCAAAGAAACACUGGAGGGAAAUGAUGCUGGAGCGAGUCCACCCUACUUAGGGGUUACAAACUGUCACUAUAACCACUUACACUGAACACAGACUCUUCUGGUGCAGCCAGACCACAGCUCUACCACUCCUUCCCUGCUCCGCACUGUUAAACUCUGCACCUUCAUCAGUUCUAAUCCUCUCAUCACCUGAAUCUUCCUCUUCAGUUUCUCUACAAUUUCAUCAAGCCGCGGUGACUAUGUGAACAGUGCAUCGAGCCAAAACUCCGACCAGUUGUGCCUAUAAUGUCAUUUUGAUAGUGCCCAUCACAUCAAAACCCAAUGCUUCAACCACCAGCUGCCUCAUGACUUACAGCUGCACUUACAGCUGAAAUGCACAAGACUGCCAGUCAGCCGUCAUAACGUCACAUAUACGAAAGAUAAACCUGUCUCUGCUGCAUUACAGCUGUACCUUUAGCCAGUCAUAGUCCAGGUAGUCCAUAGUAUAGGGAGAGAAUCAAAGCUUUGAAAAAAAAAACUUUGAACUUGAAAUGAGAGUUAGACAAGUUGAUUAAUAUCACUCUGAUAUUGUUUGUUGAAUAUCAUGAUACUGACAAAGACCUGUUUGCUUUGCUCAAAGACUGCAAAUAUAAUGAAACACUUCCUCUAAUCGACACGUUCUGUGUUUGUGAAAUUUCAAGUGUAAAGAACAGUUGGUGGUUUUAUGUGCAGAAACUUUGACACUGCAGUAAAUGUCUGAAUUAAAUAAAUUGGAUUUAAUAUGCGUUCAUAUCUUCAUAUUUAGUGUACAGACAUGAGGGUGAUAUUGAUCUGCUCAUCUAACAUCAUGUUAAAAAAAAAGACGUGCGUAUCUGUGUCAAACUAUUCCUUUAAGAUCAGUGAACAUUAUUUCACAAGGCAUAUUCGGUUUGUAAAGAUGAUUUUUUUUGAAAAGGCAGGAAGUGGAAAACCUUAAGAAAUAACAUUUUAUUCUCAGACCUUUUCAAACUCUAACCAAAGCUUCAGCUGCAGCCUAAAUGUGUCCGACACUGUGACAUAUAGAGGAUGGGCGUCAUGUCCCAUCAGGACUCAGAUGACAAAGUGCUUGAUUCGACUGUCAUAGUCUCUUUUAUGAUCAUCUGCUGUUAAAUGGAAACACAAUGAAUGUGUAAAUGUGCCUUUAAAUAACUUGUGAGAGAAAUGUUUAAGUGUUUUACACACUGUUGGUUUCCUGCUGUAUUUGUAUUAUUUUUAUUUGAGGGGUGGUGACAAAUGAGGUUUGAUUAGAAUUAAAGGGAAAACCCAUUUGAUUAAUUAAGUAGUAUAAAUGUACUACUAAAUGACGACUACCUAAAUACUGGACUUUUCAGACUGUGUGUGGGCGUGCAUUUUGAUAUCACACCAAAUUACUUGUGUAUUGUGUAAGUGUUGAAUUAAUCAAGUGACGGUUUGUAAAGACGAGUGAUGCUCAGGUGGACCAGUCAGGAAUCUGAAAGUGGAAAUUGUCUUUUUCAUUAUUAUCAUGAUUGCACCCAGGGUCAAUUCACUUUCAGUUGGUUUGAAAAAGUAUUUUAUUUAAAAUCGCAAAAGAAAUACAAGUUAUACUUGCAUAUAUACGUUAUACUUGUAUAACCUUGACCAAAACAAAGCUUCAUGAUAAAGCAGUGACUUGCAGUUUUUUGCAGUAGUAAAAGAAUUGCAUUCAGGCUGUACUGUCUGCAACACCAAAGUACAACUGGAAGAAAUAAAAUGGCUCCCUGUUCAUUUCAACCUACUUUAACUGAAAAUGAUCUGACCACAAACUCCUGCUGUAGAACAAACAUGUAUAUUUUAGUCAGAAAGAGUUUUAGAUUUUAAUAGGAUUCAUUCUUUUUCACUCAAUGGAGGUAAUUUUACUUAUGUGUAUUUAUGUUAUUAUUUAAUGUUCUAUUUAAUGGCAGCCACAGAGGGGUGUGUAUGUUUUGGCACAUGUUUGGCUGCAGGAGAACAAAAUCAGUUUAACAUUCAAAUUCUGUAUAACUUCUGUUCCGUGGACGUUUAGGUCGAGAUGUGAUGUUGG